AUGGAACUCACCAAUGCUCUGCAGUUUCCUGGAACUGAGUCUCGGUCGCCCACUUGUUCAACACUAAGUGUGAAACAGGUUGAAGAGGAGGCGGGAGAUGGGACAUUAGCACAUGCCAAUGACUCUACUGAAGUUCUCCGGAGAUGGGGUUGUACUGACAACGAUAUUGCAGAAAUCUUUGCACAUGGGCCUUCUUGGCCCAGGAGUGACAUAAACCAACUGCAAAAUAAUCUCCACUUGCUGCAAGGCCUAGGGAUCACAUCUCCCGACCGGUUCCUCGAGUGUCCGAUCAACAACUUCCACGAUCGGAUUGAGUUUUUCUUGAAAAUGUUUGAAUCUAAAGAAGUUCUUGUUAAAGCCAUUUUAAGAGACCUCAAACCUGUAAUUUCCCAGUAUGAAGAAAUGGGUCUAAGUAAAAAGGAUUUGGUUCGCACGCUUCUAUUUUACCCCACAUUCAUUUCAAGAACUUCAUUUAGAGAGAAGAUGGAUUUCAUACAAAAAACAGGGCUCUCACAGGGUGGCAAGUUGUUCAAAUACGUCGUUUCAAUCAUUUGUAUCUCACGACUUGAAACAAUUCAUCAACAAGUAGCCAAUUUGAAGAAGUUUGGUUUCACAGAAGAUGAGACAUUUUCGGCGAUCUCCCCUUACCUUGACUCUAUCAGUCGAUAAAACAAAAUGUCUAAAGUUCUAAUGGUGGCCAGACAGUUUCAAGUAAGGAUCUCAAAAUGGAAGGGGAUUGCAGAAUGACAUGGCUUUCAGGAAUCAAAAGGCCUAACUUCAAUGAAAAAUGUAAAAUAUUUCCUAUUGAUGUAUGAAACUUCCACUAUCUAUACUUCAAAAUUUUGUUUUGUACUAACCAAUAUGAUGAUCGUCAUAAUAUCAUACUUUCUUUUAUUCCUAGUCGAUACAUCAAGAUGGUGUCACCAGUUUAUUUAACAUGUACUGCAUUCUUUGGAGUGUACUAUCUAGUUUAUUUUUUUGAGUAUCUGGCUUCUGGUCUAAAACU